AUGAUUGUCUUCUUCCAAAUCAUCAUAUCCUACAUCGGUCUUACCUUCGAUCCUCGUUCUGGCAGCUUGCUUAACCGCUGGCGCCUAUUCCAUUACCUCUCUUUGCCCUUCUUCCCCUUUUACUUUGUUUAUAAGAUGUUCAAAAUACACUGCCAUCCAACUCUACACAUGGCGAAUUCGAAGGCAAUAAAACUUAGUCGAGCGGCACGCAUGAAACCUGUGGCAAUACCCUGUCCCCCCAGACCGCAGCAGCCUUUUAUAUCCUAUAAAACUCCGAAGACUAAACUGAUGGAUAUUCUUGUCAUUGAAGAAGUCGUGCUCGAAAUUGUCAAGGGCUUAUGCUGGCAAGAUGUGGUGCACUUUAGUAUGACAUCGAAAGCAGUGCGCGAACAAAUAUUUCCACCGCGGGAUUUAGCAUACCGUGUGCCCAAAAUGAAAUCGUUGAGCUGUGGAUCCUACCCCAAAUCCAGAUGCUACUACUGCGAUAUAUUGAUUUGCCACGUAUUUAUUUCCCAUCUGUCGUCCAUUUCUUCGCGAGCACUUGAGUCUGACCAAUUCUUGUUUUGCAAAUCCCUUACGAGAGCUAAGCGUUUACAACAUGAGCAUCACCACGCCACGUACUGCCGCCCUCACUGCACAAGUUGCUACCACAAUUCAAUCACUUCAAGAGCUGAUUUACGCUUAUGCCGGUGCGCGAAGCGCGACCGCCGAUACGCGUGCACGGAGGAUCUCUGCACAAGAUGCGCAGCAGUAGUAGUCCGAGAAAUAGGGACUGCAAAUACCAAGAAGACCACUAUGACAAACACCUUGCGUACGCGAAGGAUGAAUAUAUAUCGUCAGAAAGCACGAGAUGCUGGUUUCGGGGUUGGAAAUGCCGGAGUGGAGUGUGUGCGAUGUGGUGAUGCGCUGAGGGCCGGGUUCCUGUGGUGGAUUUGCAGUCAUUGCGGGGAUUGUUGUCCCGAUAGUAUCCAUCCAGGAUAUAUCAUGGACACGCGAAGGGUUAAAAUCGAAGAGAUGGAAGUCGAUUGUGAGAAGGGGGAGAGUCGGAAAGCGGAGAGAAAAAAGAGGCGUUCGCUUCUUAAGAGUCUGGAUGCCCUUGGGACCUGA